GGCGGAAGUGAUUAGCGGAGGCGGAAGCCGGAAGUGCGGAGGGAUUGUAUUGUUGUCGGAGACGCUGCUGUUGGCUUCGCGGGUGGGGUUCGCCAUGGUCUGCGAAAAGUGUGAGAGAAAACUGGGUACUGUCAUUACACCUGAUACAUGGAAAGAUGGCGCAAGAAACACAACAGAAAGCGGUGGGAGGAAAUUAAAUGAAAACAAAGCGCUGACAUCAAAGAAGGCAAGGUUUGAUCCUUACGGCAAAAACAAAUUUGCAAUAUGCCGAAUUUGUAAAAGUUCAGUUCAUCAGCCAGGCUCCCAUUACUGCCAGGGAUGUGCAUACAAAAAAGGCAUCUGUGCAAUGUGUGGGAAGAAAGUCUUGGAUACGAAAAACUACAAACAAACAUCCGUCUAAUUAAAUGCUGUGACUUUUUUUAUUCAUCAGCUUUAAAUUUAGAAACAGUUGUUAAACAUUAUUAUUCAACAUAUUUUUAAAAGAUGCAAUAUUGUUUCAGAAUUUGCAUGAACUUCACCAUUCUAGUUCUGGUUUCCAGUGUCAUUGUAUAGUCUUAUCUCAUGUGUUUAUGGGUUUGUGGUAAAAGAGAUCAGAAGUACCCUGGUAAAUUUGAUAUAGUAAAAAAAAAUUGAUAUAAUGAUGUAAAGAGUGGUGUGGCAAUGACUUUUAAUGGCCCAGUCAGAAAAAGUGAAGGGAAUAAUGUUAUGAAUGCUCACAAUCUAAAGUCUGAACAAAACUGCAAAUACAGUGUUCCCUCGCUACUUUGUGGUUCGCUUUUAACAGACUCUCUGUUUUGUGGAUUUUUGAAAAUAUUAAUAAAAUGUCAAAUAUUUACGUCCAGUGGAGGCCAGGGACCCUGGAAUUGCAGUGGCCUGAGGCGCGGCUGGGAGAACCUGCCUCCCUGGUCUGCUGCUGCCUGCGUUGUGCUGGAGGCUCUGCCGAGAUCUGUGGGCGCCAGGGAGGCAGGCAGGCACCUUUGGGAUGGGCUGGGAGGCGGGUAAGGAUGUGCGAGUAAGAAAAUAAUAUAUUAAAUAAUAUGUACAUAUUAAAAUUAAUAUGGCAUCCCUACUUCACAGAUUUUCACUUAUUGCGCGGGAUCCUGGAAUGGAACCCCGCAAUAAGUAAGAGAACACUGUAUUUCAGAUUUCAGUCUCCUCACAAUUUCAAUUGUGAGUUUCAAGUCCAUCAGCAGUAGAAGCAUUGCUAAUCAAAGAAAACGAGCAUUAAAAAACUAAUUCUGUAAACGUACACCUAAUUGUUUAGAAUAAUGCACAACCUGUGACCCUCCAAACCAAUUGCAGCAGGUUCUGUGAGAGUUAUAUUUUACUUGGACAAAAGCAGACAGCUAUUGAACAUCAAACAGAUUACCAUAAAAGAUGGUGGGCUUCAUUGAGGUCUGUGGGCCCACAGUCUGGGAACUUGGUAUGUCGUAAAUACACUGUUACAGACAUUUCCAACAUGAUUACAAUUAAUAUGAUUUUGUCAGGCAGAAACCUAAAUUUAGCAUGGAUUUGUCUUUAGCCUCAAAAAUGGUGUUGAGGCAUUUAUUGUACAUAGAGGAAAACUGUAUAUAAAUUGUAACCAGUUUAUUGUAUUAAAGCAAAGGGCAAUGGCCCAUAUUA